AUGUACAUCUACGGGGGCCUGACCUCCUCCUUUUCCCUUCGGUUUCAGUCGGCGGCGGCUGCAGACGACGAACGCAACGGUUACGGGAACGGUGCCAAACAACUGCGACUGUUGAGCCCUGUCUGUCCACCACCUCUCCGAGCCACACACCACCAGCCAUUACCGCGGGCACUCCGACGAUACCGCCCCUCCUCCCCGUCGUGCCUCGACGGCGGUGAAAUACAACUACCAGGCUGUGCUACCACGCCGCCUGUAUACCUAGUUGGUAUCUGUGUGGUGCACCCUCGCGAGCGGAGACGGUCGAAGGUGGUCGCCGAUGGAUUGUGCGGUGGUGGCGAGGGUGGGGGUGGUGGUUGGAGGCAGCGACGUUUCGCCGGAGCACAAGGUUUUAUGGGCAUCCGCCACCACCGCCGCCGCUGCGCCGACAUACGACGAUCGCUCGCGCCAGGGACUCGAUCUGGGUGCCGUGCCAACAAAACCACCCUCUCCGUCCAGUGCGACACUAAUGGCGGCUUCUGCAGCGGAUACCAGUCCGCCACGCCCGGCCAGAGCAUCAUCCCCUACGCCGCCGAUGACGACGGCCGGUGA